UCUCUCGCGAAAGAGAGAAAGAAAGAAGUAAAAGGCAAAGGAAGAGACGGAGAAGACUUAGUAAGGAGAAUCCAAUCCGCGUCUUUGAUCGAUCUUUCUGCUUUCCCUUUGAGAAGAUUUUGAUGAAACAGAAGCUGUCUCUUAGUUACAGAUUGAGGAUUUUCUCCAAUCACUCUCUCUAAAAACUUAGUUGAAGGGGAUUCAAGUAUAAUCACAUGGGCAUCAAACAAUGUUGUGAACCAGGGAGGCUUUUCAUUUUUCUCUUUUCUUGAUGAGAUUUAAGAUCUUCUAUCUUGCAUAAACCUUUUUUUGCUUGUGGAGUUUGAGCAUAGAGAAGCUGAUGGUUUAGCCAAUACAUCAGCCGUAUAAGGAAUGAGAUGGCCGAAUUUUUGUAUUGGGAACAUUUUCCAUUAUCUUUGUUGUACUUUAUCUUCUUGAAUAAAAUUGAUAGUCACAACAAAGGGCUUUAAUUGUGUCUGAUACUUGGUUUUGUACAGUUCAGUGCACAACUCAGGGAAUUAUUUAUGAAUUACAUAUUUGUUGGGCACUUUGUGAUUGCAGUCGACAAUACAUGCCUUUGUUGCUGGCCUCUGUUGGGAACAUGGGACUCCUUUCCAUUCAAUGUAGUCUUACGUGUGCAAGGCUCGUCCCCCUCUCCAGUUGAUGAAAGCUUAUCUCGCUGCAUGUAGCAAAAUAUAUUUGCAAGCUAUCAGAUUAUUUUUAAGUAAGCAACAGAAUCCAAGGAGCUGAUGCUGAGAAAACCAUGCAGCUGUACCAUCACCCAUAUUCCCUUGACAGCCAGAAGGUGCGGAUUGCAUUGGAGGAGAGAGGCAUUGAUUAUACAUCAUAUCAUAUGAAUCCUCUCACAGGGAAGAACAUGGACACCUCAUUCUUCCGUAAGAAUCCCACUGCAAAGCUGCCUGUCUUUCAGAAUGGUGCUCACAUCAUCUAUGAGACUAUUGGGAUAAUCCAGUAUAUUGACAGAGUCGCAGAUGCUUCUAGUGGUGAAAACAAUGCUUCUGUUGAUAGGAGAGAAGUUAUGGAAUGGAUGCAAAAGAUACAAAGUUGGAACCCCAAGAUAUUCACACUCUCACAUGUCCCAGAGAAGUACCGGCUCUUUGUUUCCAAAUUUGUGAGGCGGGUAGUAAUCGCUCGGAUGGCCGAGGCGCCUGAUCUAGCCAGCAUAUACCACCUAAAGCUUAGGGACGCAUAUGAAACAGAGGACAAGCUUAAAGACCUAGAUGUUUUGAAGCAGAGUGAGCAACAGCUAGCCCGGCUUCUCGAUGAAGUGGAGAUGCAGCUGAAUGAGACACCGUAUCUGGCUGGUGAGGAGUUCACAGCGGCGGACUCGAUGCUUGUUCCGGUGCUGGCCCGGAUAGUCCUUUUGAAUCUAGAAGAGGAAUACAUCAGUAGCAGGCCAAAAAUUGCAGAGUACUGGAAGGUGGUGCAGAGUAGGGCUAGCUAUAGAGCAGUGAUUGGGAAGUAUUUCUCAGGUUGGAGAAAAUACAUGACCCUGUGGAAGACCUGGUGCUUUGUUCGCAUAAGAAGUAUGCUUAAAAGGUACUAAGCCGAAAUGGGGAGCAAGUGUUGAGGUGAAUGAAGAACGUAAAUAAAUGUAGAAAGAAAUGUUCUUUGAUGUAUGAUACAGGCCAACAAAAGAUAGGAUGUGGGAUGGAUUGCGCAGGUUUUGUAAAGGGAGGGCGGAUUGCUGGUGGCAUGAAAUAAGGCAAGUUGGGUAGAGAUUUGUCGGUAACAAGAAGUUUCCAGUUUGAUUGUGUUUUUGCUUCUUCUUCUUCUUCUUUUUUUAUCAUGUUUCUAACUCAGGAAAGGCGAGAAUGGUUUGCCGAUGGAUGCUUUUAUCUUCCAACGGAAGCCACUACUAGUAGUGAGUUGUGCUCAGUAUCCGCUCUUUUAGAUUUUGCCUUGUUUGUGGAAAUUAAUGUUCAUAAGAAAUCAGUCAGUUGUGAAGAUUGAUAUUUCUGUGAUUCAAAAAAAACUGUCCAAAUGAGUGAUUGUUUAGUUCCAAAUUUGAAAUGAAAGUAUUUGAUUUUUGUA